AUGGAGACACAGAGGAAGGACGCAACGUCACAGGAACAUCCUGCCCUCACCUUUCCAACCACGUCAGGACUGGACGGCCACCAUUUCGGGGACUGGAUCUCGGGCAGUGGCGUGGGUCUCACAGAGAACCUGCUGCAGAAACAGUCAACAGGUUAUGAUGAGGUGAUAGAGAAACUAUUCUCUGAAGUCUCUGGCCCAGAGGAUUGCCCCAAAAUACCAGACCCACAGCUUGAGGAGUGUGCCAUCCAGCUGUGGAACUGGGCAGUUACCAAGAAUGUGGGCACCACUAUCAGUAAAAAUCAGAAGGCCAAAGUGCGUCAUGUCGCAUGCAGUCUGCUGUACUGCUGUGAGCCUGAGAAUCCAACAGAGGGCGUCAUCCGCAAGCAGAUCCUGAUGGCCAGCAAAACAGGAAGAACCUGGCUGGAAUGCAAAAAUCCCCAGAUGGCAGAUAACUUCUUAAGGCUUGCUGUCAAGAGUCUGGAAACCCUCUAUGGCCAACUGACGUCCAGAGGUGACGGAACCGCCGACAUCACUUCAUCAAAGGGGGAUGUAGAGAAGGAUUUGCUUCGAAUUCUCUCAUGCCAGGCAGAAUCGGCCAUAAGUCAAGGGAAUAACCAUGAGGCUGUGGUCUAUAUGCAGCGCUGUAAAGACAUGCUGCUGCGGCUACCAAAAGAUACUGCAUACAUCUCCCUCAUGUGCUACAACUUUGGAGUGGACACUUACAAUCUGGGAAAGUUGGAGGACAGUGCAUUUUGGCUCAGCCAAAGCUAUGACAUCGGGAAAAUGAAUGUGAAAUACGCCCCUGAAUCUGAACUCCAGGCCAAGGUUUUGAGGCUCCUUGCCACUGUCUAUUUAGAGUGGGACUGUCAGAGGUUUCAGGAGAAGGCGCUUAAUGCUGUCAGCUUAGCCAAUAAGGAAUGUGUGAGCGCCUCUGGGCUGUACUUAAAGAUCAGAAUACUCCUGAGAUGUGGGGCCUCAGUCGAUCAUAUCAGAGCAGGACUUAAUGAGAUGCUGGAAUCUAAGGUGUCUCUUGAAGUGUGUCUGAGCACAGUGAAACUACUCAUGUCUGAAGACAGAGAAGUGCUGGCAUUUGAGUAUUUGAAACGCGUGUGUCAGCACUUUGAGUCGUCGCCUGACUUGGGAACUGCUCUUGUCUUGCACAUUGAGCUACUGCUGCAGAGAGGCAAGGAGCUGCUGGGCAAACAGAAGAUAGAGGAUAUCAUCACUGGCCACUACACAGGAAAACAGCUGACACCACAGGCCCUCACAAGUCUACAUGUCAUGCUGUGGGAUAAAGCGUCCAAACACUUUGAGGCCAAGAACUAUUCUGAGGCUCUUCAGUGGUAUAACUACUCACUGAGUUUCUUCAAGGCAGGUCAAAUGGAGCCCAACUCAGCCAAACUGCAGAGGAACAGAGCUUCCUGUUUCCUGCAACUGAAGCAACUGGAAAAGGCGAAAGAAGCAAUUAAAGAAGCAGAGAGAUGUGAUCCUGACAACAUUUUCACUCAGUUCAGUGUUUACAAGAUUGCAGUGCAGGAGAACAAUGUGGAGAAAGCUGCAGAGGCAGUGAAUGCGAUGGGACUUCUGUCCAAGAGUCCUGCUGCCAGUGAGGACGGACUGCUGGUAUCUGAGAAUGCUGCUUCCAGUCUCCUCAGUCUGGCUGCACAGAUUGCUUUGGAGAAUGAACAGCAGGAAACUGCAAUGAAGGCUCUGGAGAGGUUGUGUGACAACUCCAAAGAUGAAGCUCAAGUGCUGACUGCUCUCAGGUGUUUGGUUCGACUUGUGCUCUCCACAAUAGAAAAAUCAAGUGAUGAGACGAGGGAUGUGAAUCUGGAUGUCCUGCUGCCAUAUCUAAAAAUGGCUCUGCAGAAACUUUCACACCAAGCUCACAUGACUGUGGAGCAACGCACAGAGGAAGCUAACUGGUUCAGGAAGAUUGCGUGGAACUCGGCUCUGCAGUGCGAGAGCCGCCCUGACAGAAUGAGGGAUUUCUUUGUGCUCUCUUACCAGCUCUCCCAGCUGUGCCCUCCUGAUCGCACACUGCUCAUGGGCCAGAAGACGUGUCUGCUAAUGGCUGCUGCUGCAUCUCUGGAGCUCUGCAGGAAGUCUCUUCACUCUGUCCAGACUGAGGAGCUCACUCAGGCUCUGGAGCACAUUCAGAUCUGCUGGGAGGUGUGGAAAACCCUGAAAGCAUCAGGAGGCUUCCCAACGGACCCAACAGACACGCUGCUGCUGCUGUAUGAGUUUGAAGCUCGAGCGAAGCUGAAUGACCCAAAGGUUGAGACGGUUCUGGAGUCUGUCUUGGAGCUUGAAAAUGUUGAAACCAAGGUGCUAGAAACCAUUGCAGCCUUAGCCAUGGAGCCUCCAGCCCACUUCCCUCUGCUGUGUAAGAAGGCCUUGAGGGUUGCUCUCUCCCUGCACAGGAAACAACCACAGGCCGACCUGGCCCACUGCAGCAAGUGUGUUCACAGCCUGAUCAAGCUGUCCCUCCCAAGCGGUGUGUCAGAGGUGGAGGCCCAUGUGCUGGAGGAGGUGUGGGACUACUACGAGGAGGCCCUGUCCAUCAUUGCAGCCGCACCGGACGACUUCCCAGAGAUGGAGACCCUGUGGCUGCUGACUCGGGCUUGGAACACGGGGAUACUGCUGUACAGCCUGGCGCAGUACCCCGAGGCUGAGAAGUGGUGUGGCCUCGCCAUGAGCUUCAUCCGCCACCUUGGAUCACUGCAGGAGAGCUACGAGACACAGAUGUCUGGUCUGUACAGUGAGAUCCUGGACAGGCUGGACAAAGCCAAGAAGAACCUCAUCAUGGAGGAGUAACUGAACAGGGACAUGUCAGCCCGUUUACCAGAGGCGUGAACUUGAGUCACAAAGUUGAUGGCUUCAGACUCGACAAAAUCACAAGACUUGCAACUUGACCUAGACUUUAACACCAAUGACUCACUUGGACUUGAGCCUUUUGACAUGAAAACACUUGAUACCUUCCUCCAAGCCCAAAGAUUAAUAAGUGUGCCACUUGUCAAUUUAUUUCCCUUCAUUUUAACUUAUUCCCAGCAAGUCGACACCAGAUCCACUUGGUCUGGACCAAUCUGACAGCAUCCAGUCAAGCUGCAGGAGAGAACCACAGUGAACUAAUGUGACAUUACUGAGUGCCAGCUGGAAAAAAAAUGAUCCCAAAGAUAAUUUUGUUUGUGUACUAGAACGCAGUGGUCUGUUAAAAGUGAAAGUCGCAACUUACAGUUUUGUUUGACACUUGAAGUUGGACAACGAGCCGUAAGAUGAGACUAAUAUUAAGAGUUAGCCAGCUAAUGCUAAAAUAAUAUUAACUAAGCACAGCUAAGUAACUUUUAAACAGUUAUUUAAAAAAAUAAAUACAAAUAAGAAAAAUAUUCAUGAUUUUUGUGGACAAAAAAUAUUAUUUUGAAGUUAAAAUGGCAUUACAUUUGGCGAGGAGCGCUUUAUGAUUUGACUCAAAACUCAAAGUUAGGGACUUCAGACUUGUUUUUUCAAAAAAAAAUUUAAAACCGGUUUUGCAAAACAUGGGGGGAAAAAAAAAAAAAAAAAAAAAAAGACGACUUGGGACUUGAGUGUUAAGACCUGAGACUUAAUUGUGACUUUCAAAACUAUGAUUCGGUCCCACCUCUGCUGUUUGCUGCCUGUUCUGCGGUUGAACAUGUCUGACUUUGUUCCAACAGUUUGUUGCGGCUAAAUGUUAUAAAUGCUGUGGUUCAACAUUCAUCAGAUAUUACAGUUCGAUAAAUGAUGCUGUAAAUCUGUUAAGUGUGGAGCAUCCUGGGAGGAGAGUGUGUCAGACACAUACUACAUUCAUUCCUAGUUUGAUUUUGGUCUUUCGUUGCAUGUUACCUCCCUCGUGUCUCCUGUCAAUAAAGCUAACAUGCUAACAAUCUAGGAAAAAAGAGUCUACUUGUAUUAAUUAAAUA